CAACAAAGUAACGCAAGUGAAGCGUGUGGGUAGGAGGUGAACUUUAUACGUUUACACCAUUCCAGGCCAGAACUUUAUUCUUUAUCAUGCUAUAAAAAGUCUCGCGUUUUGGAAGCCGGAUUAAGACGUAGACACACGGGAUAUAUAUUUUUUCUUUAUUUUGCUGUUUAUUGUUUAUUUCUUUCUUUAAGUUUGUGUUUAUUAUCUGUUGGGCUCUGUUGUAGGAUUCACUUUGUUCAGGACCCCUCGCUCAUUGAUCAUGUCUCAGGAGGAAAUGGUGCCGUGAAUGUUUAUCAAGCAACAUUCUAACGUUAACGACGCCGCUUUCCUGUUCCUGGAAAUACCUCGGGGGGUUUUUAUUUUUUGUUUCUGCGCUUCACGUGUUUCUUUUGCAACUUUCUGGCGCGUAAAGGAUGUAAACGUUUCUCGUGAAUGUAAACUUUGGACACGUUUAGGACACCACGGCUUUGUCCUGCGCUGGACGGCGGUGUGGAGUUUGGGAAAUGUGAUAGUGAACUGAGUUAUACAAACACUUAAAAUAUAUAUAUAUAUAAACAUUGGAAGUUAUUGCUGUUUCUCAAAAUGGAUGUAACUGUGUCUGAGCUGAUGGCGAACUUCAUGGAGUCUCCGCUGGUGGUUUGGGUGAAGACCUUCGGCCCGCUAUCUUCCAACUCCGAGGACAAGCUCUCCAUGUUCAUGGAGUUAGUGGACGGGGUGUUUCUUCAUAAAAUCAUGACCCACAUAGACCCAAGUCCUACCAACCACCGAGUGAACAAACAAGUGAACAGUGAUGUCAACCUCAGAAUGCAGAACCUUAGCACAGUUAUCAGACACAUCAGAAACUACUACCAGGAACAUCUCCAGCAGCUUGUCCUGAUGACGUUGCCCAACGUUCUGACCAUCGCCAAGGACCCUUUGUCAGGAAAGAGUAUGGAGGAGAUGAAGAGGCUUUUGCUGCUGCUCCUGGGUUGUGCUGUUCAGUGUGAACGUAAAGAGGAAAUCAUUGAGAAGAUUAAGCUGCUGGACAUUGAAACCCAGGCAGCUAUAGUCUCCCAUAUCCAGGAGGUGACCCACAACCAGGAGAAUGUUCUGGACAUGCAGUGGCAGGAUGUGGGGGAGCUGCCCCCCGAAUUCCUGGAUUCACUGUCUCGUAGCAUGGCCUUUCACCUACGAAAGCUCAUUGAUGAGCGGGAUGAGUGCUCGGAGCUGAUUUUGGAGCUGACUCAAGAGAGGGAUUACUUGCAGUCGCAGCAACUCCCUAACUCCAUAGGCUACUCAAGUGCUGACCAGUCCUCUCAGCCCUCUAUACUCACCAAAGAAGAACGCCAGCACCUGGCAGUGGAGCUUGCUGAUACAAAGGCCAAACUCCGCCGUUCCCGCCAGGAAUUAGAAGAGAAGACCGAGCAGCUAAUAGAUGUUAAGAAUGAACUGGAGCGUCUGGAUGCAGAGAUGCAAAGGCUGAAACAGGAGAAUAUGCAGCUUUUGGCGGAGGCACGGUCGGUACGUGCUUACCGUGAUGAGGUGGAUGCUCUGAGGGAGCGUGCUGGAAAAGUGGAUAGACUCGAAACAGAACUUGCUCGCUUCAAAGAGAAACUUCAUGACGUCUAUUUCUACAAGGCCCGCAUGGAGGAACUGAGAGAGGACAAUAUGACCCUGCUAGAGACUAAGUCCAUGCUCGAAGAGCAGUUGGGUACAGCUAGGGGGCGCUGUGACAAACUGCAUGAGCUGGAGAAAGAAAACCUGCACCUGCGCUCCAAACUGCAUGAUAUGGAGAUCGACCGGGACAGUGAUAAAAAGCGUCUAGAGGAGCUGCUGGAGGAGAACAUGAUGCUGGAGAUUUCGCAGAAGCAGAGCAUGAAUGAGUCUGCUCAUUUGGGCUGGGAGCUGGAGCAGCUGGCUAAGAACAAUGAGGUUAAUGACGUAUGCAAGUCAUUUGUAGUUGAGAUGAACGAGUCAGCAUCCAGUCGGCUUUUAAAGCUGGAGAAAGAAAACCAGAGCCUGCAGAGCACCAUCCAGAACUUGCGUGAGGCCUCGCUCAAGCACGAAGAAACUCAGCUGCACACUGUGGAGCUGGAGAGGGAAAACCAGGGCCUCAGCAAAAAGCUCGAGAGACUGCAGUCUCAACUGGACCAGGAGAAGCAGACAAUAAAGGACAUGGAGAGUUUUGGAGAAGAGCUCAUCAAGGAAAAGGAGAAAAUGGAGAAAGAUCACGAAACCCAGUGGGCUGAAAAGGGUAAACAGAUCUCAGAUCUGGAGCGAGAGAAAGAACAUCUAACCCAGACCGUGAACACCUUGCGUAAACGUGCCCAGGAGGACAGCGAGGCACGUGUACGCGAAGUGGAAUCUGAGAAUCGUAUCCUCCACCAGAAGAUUUCAGACACUGGAAGUCAGCUGGUACAGCUUGAGCAUGAGAAACAGCAGAUCACCAAGCAGUUGGAGUGUGAGCACGAAUGUGCCAAGGAAUUGCAGAUAAAGGUAGAGCGCUUGGAGUGUAGUCAGAAGCAACUCCAGGAUGAGCUGGCCUCCCUCAAAAUGGCUGAAGAGCAGCUUGAAGCCUUGCAGUGCAAGAGCAACAUCAUAGAACAGGAAAACUGGAAGCUGAAGAAGGACGCAGAAGAGUUACAGAGUAACAAUAUACGUCUGGCCUUGCUAGAAAAGGAGCACCGGAAGCUAGAAAAUGAGAACGUGGAGCUUAGGGGCACUGUAGCUGAACUUCGUUCUCAGGCCAAGCGUACCGAAAGACUGGAAAUCAACUGCAGCAGUCUUGACAAAGAGAACCACCGGCUCCAACAGAGCCUGGAAAGUAGCAGCACCAAGAUCCAGGAUCUUAAGAAUGAACUGCAUGAUGUCGAGGCCCAGAGCGAGGAACUUAGGCAUGAGCUGGAGGAGCUGCGGAAAGUGGCGAGGCGCGCUGAGGAUGCAGAGAAGGAGCGGCGGAAAGUAGAGCAGGAGCUGAGCCAAGUCGAGAAAGAGAGAAAGCAGCUGGAGAGGGAGGCACGUAGGCUGAGGCAACAAGUAGAUGUGAGGGAAUCUGCACUUGAUGAGAGCGCACUUAAACUGAGCAACAUGGAGAAAGAGGGAACAGCCAUGAACAGGGAGCUUGCCCGGCUCCAGGAGGUUGCCAGUAGAGUCAAGGAUCUGGAGAAAGAGAACAAGGAACUGCAGAAACAUGUCACUAUUGACAAGAAGACCUUGGCUACGCUCCGAGAGGAGCUGGUGAAUGAGAAGUUGAGGGUACAACAGCAGUGUAAUGAGUUGGAGAAACUCAGUCAUGAGCUAGAGAAGAUCGGCCUGAACCGAGAGAGACUGCUGCAGGAAGAGCACAGCUGCGAGGACAAUAAAUACAGGAUCCUGGAGACAAAGAUUGAGUCAGCUCUGAAGAAUUCCCUAAAACUGAAGGAGGAAAAGAUUCAAGGCCUGGAGUCCCGCCUAGAGGAGAGCAGCAGCUUGAACCAGCAGCUACGCAGCGAGCUCACAUCGGUGAAGAAGACACUGGAGGCCUUGAGGCAGAGACAGGAGGAGGAGGCUGCCCACUCUGAAAUUUCCCAGAAGGCCGCCGAGCAGGGCAGGUCUGGAACCAGCCAAGAGAAAUGGGAGACGGAGCAGAGGGAGAUCACAACUGAGCUACUUAAACUCAAAGAUCGCCUGAUCGACGUGGAAAAGAGUUGCUCGUCUGUUUCCCAGAAUGCAUCCCUACAGACUGAGAAGCACCUAUUGAAAGAGCACUUGAAGCAGCUGGACUCCCAGAACACACAGCUGAACGCUCAGACCCUGGCUCUGCAAAAACAGGCCACAACACUGCAGGAGCAGAACACUGCACUUCACAAAGAUACCGCCAAACUACAGGUAGAGAACUCCACACUGAAAUCCCAGAAUUCAUCUCUGACUGCUCAGUACGCGGCCCUACAGACUCAGCUGCAGACGCUAGAGUCAGAGGCAGAGGUUCUGCAGAAGCAACAUGAGGAGGCACGAGCCAGACGUGACGGCAUCGCUCAGGAUCACGAGCGCCUGCUUAGCGUCCACGAGAGGCAGGCAGCCGAAUACGAGCAGCUCAUCACCCAGCACACUGCCUUAAAGAGUAGCCAGAGAGUGCUGGAGCAGGAACACCGCAGUCUGGAGAGCAAAUAUGCACUGCUUCUAAAACAGAAGGAUGCUGUGGAGGACCUGGAGGCAUCUCUGCAGAAAGAGAGGCAGAGUUUGGAGGAGCAGAUUCAUAAGAACACACAGAUUAUGGGAGAGAACCACAGUCUAAGAGAGGAGAUGGACAGACUGUCGCAAAAACAUGCACAUUUGCGUCAGGAGUAUGACGGGCUGCAACUUCAGAGCAAGGAGCUUAAGACAUCUCUGAAUGAGUCACAGCUGGAACUGAACCGCUGGCAGGCACGCUUUGACCAACUCAAAGAGCAGCACCAGGGCCUGGACAUCUCCAUGACCAAACUGGACAACCACUGUGAGCUGUUGACUCGGCUAAAGGGUAAUCUGGAAGAGGAGAACCACCACCUGCUAAGCCAGAUCCAGAUGCUGAGCCAGCAGAACCAGACAUUGUUGGAACGCUCCAUGGAGAGCAAGGAGAUGUACCAUGAGGAGCAGAAACAGUACAUUGAUAAGCUAAAUUCCUUACGGAGGCAGAAGGAGAAACUAGAAGAGAAGAUCAUGGAUCAGUACAAGUUCUAUGAUCCGACUCCGAAAAAGAAGAGCCACUGGGUGGGAGCUAAAGCAAUAGCCAAAUUCAUGAAACCCAAGAAGGAGGGACAGCGUGAACGGCAGGGCAGCUCUCGCGAGCGUGUUCUAAGUGCUCCAGACAUCCCUUUGCCAGAGAUCCCCUACAAUCUAGACUGUUCCGCCAACAGCCCAACACUUCUUCCACCUCCCCUGCCUCCUCGCCAGAAUUGCCUCAACCUGGACUCACCAAGUAGCAUCUCUGUGGAUGAGAACCAUGUCCACUCCUCUCCGAAAUUAUCCGUAGCAUCAAACAACAAAGGUCUGAGUUACAGCGGUGGUUCCAGAAGCUCUGAGGGGUACCGUCCAGGAGGGGGCAGCACAGAGGACAUGAACGGAUACGAGGAGCUGGUGCUUAGACAAAGAGGCUUAGAGCCAAUCGCAUCCUGUUCAACGCCACUCAAUCAAAUCUCUCACAAUACACCAGGCUUCACCUCGUCUAGCUUACGGCCAGGGCGCAGGCCCAAAGGAUUAAUCUCUGACGAGGACCAGCGUAUGCACUCCCUCGAUGCCGGCUUUGGGAGCGGUGGCCAUGGAAACGCAGGACUCAGGCCCAGAUCUGGAGAUUACAGUAGGAACACUUCCAGCAGCAGCUCUCCAGUCAACUUAAAAGAUUCCCUGGAGCGUUUGCAGAGACGUUCUGCCAGUCUCUCCAGUGACGAUGUGGUUGGUCUGAGCCACGAGAGCUCCACCAUUAGCCAGUCCUCUCUGCUGCCCCGUAGCUCCACCCUUUCCUAUGAAGUGACGCCUCCAACACGGUCUACUCCACGAAGCACCUGUCCACGCCCUGGCUCCCCUGGCAGUGAGAUGGUCACCUUGGAGCAGUUUCUGGAGGAGAGCAAUACCCUUUCACCUCCUACUGUGCACACAGGAAGUCGGGAGGACUUAAUGACUGAUUAUUUUACCAAAGUGGGCAGGCCAACACCACCCACGAGAGAUGGCGCUAAAACACCCACGAGUUACGUCACACCCACCAUCAAAGCCACAGCAUCCCUACCAGAUGGGCGAUCUUCCAAACCUGGGCACAGUGUUAAACCAAGCAUACGACUCACAGAAGGUUCCAUGCCCCUUUCCCACUCUCAGACACUUCCUAACCGAGGCACUAGCGGGUCAGAGGGGAGGUCAAUGCACUUGCAGCACUCAGGGCCUCGCAGAGGAACCACAGGCAGCAACAGCCUGAACCGCACUUUCAGCCUUGCCUCAGCCGACCUCCUCCAAUCAAAUGGCCCGGACAAAUACCGGCCUGAGGCGGGUAGCCCUGUUCAUUCCGAGGGGAUGACGAGGAGGGAGCGUCCACUUUCAGCCAGGCUUACCGUAAGCUCUGGUCAUCUUUCAAUAGACCCCCGGCGCCACACUGUAGCUCCUCCCAGAGAAGACCCACCACUCACUUCCUCUUGCACUGCUUUGCCGUCAGACCGAGGAUACAGUGCGAGUAGUGGCCGCUCAGGAACCAUGCACUCGACCACUUCACUCUAUCCCCGGGGUGAGGUGGCAUUGGUGACACCAGUGCGUGCUGUCUCUGCCCUGAGACAGAAGGAGGUGGAAGAGCACAGGGAAACCAUGCAGAGUGAGUCACCUUCCUCCUCCCUGAAGAAAGCGGACAGUUCUGGCACAGGCUGUUGUGUAGAAGAGAGGCCAAUGAGCACACCAGCCUCACCAGACCCCAACAACGACCAGCAGACUGUUUGGUACGAAUACGGCUGUGUGUAACCCAAAGUCCAACCCUCUGAGUAUUUGCUCUGUUAUAUCACAUCCACAGUGUUUUUGAUAAACAUCAUUUGGACAGCAAAGGCUUUUGACUUUUGAAGAAUAAUGUUGCAAAGUUAAAUGGAUUUAUAGACCCAUUAAACCAUCAAAGAAUAAGGCCCUAAUUUUUUGCAUCUCAGUUCUCAAGAUUCCAAUGUGUAAGUCUUGUACAUAGUCUGGUAAAAGAAUCUCUAAACAUUUGACAAUUCAUCAGACCUUUAUUGUCAAUUCUUAAAUAAAUGUGUGGAGUGCAAAGCAGUUAACCCUUUCUUUGAUUUGUUGCCAUAUACAGUAGCUACAGAAUAUUUGCUUUGUGCAGUAAAUUUGACCAAUUAGGAUAUGAUUAGCAUCCUGAACCAAAUUGAGCCGAUUGAAUAAGCCACAAAGUUCAAACAGUUGAUAAGAGGGUUCGGAAUCCCUCGUGGUUAUCAAAGAAUAGGUGGUAUUGGGGUGGUAUUGAAAGCCAAGAGCAACAUGGAGGAUGUCUAACAAAGAAGGAAAGUUCUGUGUGAAAUAGUGUGGAACCCACACUAUUACUGACUAAACAGACAAUGUGUACAAGUACCUGCUUUCAAAAAAAGUACUUAGCUCAUUUUCCCUGUGUGAACUUGAGAAAUGACUUUGUUUCGAUGAGUGUAUUGAGGGAGACGUUUACUGAACACAUGAAGCAUGCACGCAAUUUUGUUUGUGUUUGGGGUUUAACAUGAUUUGAGGAGGUUUGGCCUUCCGCUAUCGCACACCAGAGAUUUCCUCCAGCUUUCUGCGGACAGCAUGCCUGGCAGGUCCUAGUUCUAUUCUGAAUGCAGAACUCAAACAUUGGUCUUCGUGUGAAGGACCGCUCCCUGGAUAAUCACAGAGUGCUUACAGUAUCCAUCUUUAGGAGGUGGGGUGAAAGCAAUGAAGUCCAUCAUUCAGACGGUCUCAACGGGAUAAGUUACUGGAAACAGUUUCUCUAUCUGACACCGUAUUGACUAGCCAGUGCCUGAAACCGUUCUGCUGCCGUGGGUUCCCACCUCUCUGGUCAUGCAAGGGAUACAAAAAGAAGGAAAAAAAACAUCAGAAACCUUGGGGUGAAUAGGAAGAGUGAAAACAUAAAAACAGCGGUGAAGAUGAAGUUGGAUGAGAAGAUUAAUGCAGAGAGCAGGACUUUCUACACUGAAGUGACACAUUUUGACUCAAAGUGUCAAACUCCUGUGGGUUUUUUUUUUAUUUACAUUAGAGGCUUUUUUGAUCUCAAGAUCUAAAGUGCAUUUCUACAAAAUUUCUCAUCUUUCUGACGUAUUAAUGUAACAGAAUUUUGAAACACUGUUUUUAAAAAAAAAUAUAUAUAUAUACAUAUGUAAAUACCAUUUUAAAAGCACUAUGCGAGCAAGACCAGUGGAGCUUUAACUUGAGUCUUAACACUGGACACAUUCCCUAGUUUACCGCAGGAGAUUAAUCAUGAGAAAUACUAACUAUGAGCAGUCUUUUGCUUGAAUAUGAGUUUUAGUAUUUGAUAAGUUUUACACUUUUAUAUCUGUAGUGCUAUUUAUUGACACCCUAAAUAAAUAAUGCUGCGACUGUCUGUUUGUUUUUUUCA